UUUACUUCUGUCCAACAUCAUCUUCACUCAAACAAAACUGCACCCAUGAGAAUGAUGUGGGACUAGUUUGUUCUGUCAGUGUGAAGUUGGUGGAUGGUGGCAGUCGUUGUGGUGGAAGAGUGGAGGUUUUUCACAGAGGACAGUGGGGUACAGUGUGCAUUUAUGGAUCAGGACAAAUUUGGAUGAGUCAUGUGAACUGUAAUGGAUCAGAGCGUACACUGAAGAACUGUGGAUCACUGGGUUGGGGUGAACAUAACUGUAACCACUAUUAUGAUGCUGAAGUGAUCUGUUCAGGUCACAGAAAACCUAGACUUACUGGUGGUCCUCAUCUGUGCUCUGGGAGAGUGGAGGUACGUCAUGGGAUGACCUGGUCCACAGUGUGUGAUGUAGACUUUGACCAGCAGGAUGCAGAGGUUGUGUGUCGAGAGCUGGGCUGUGGGCUUCCUGUGGAGGUGCUGGGAGCAGCUGCUUUUGGCAGAGGGGAGGGUCAAGUGUGGUCAGAGGAGCUUCAGUGUAGAGGCAAUGAAUCUCAGAUUUACUUCUGUCCCACAUCAUCUUCACUCAGACACAACUGCUCCCAUGACAGUGAUGUGGGAUUAAUAUGUUCUGGUCACACUGGAGCUCAGCUGUUGAGCGGCUUGGACUCCUGUUCUGGUCGAGUGGAGCUCCAGUACCUCAGUGAGUGGGGCACAGUGUGUGAUGUAAGCUGGGAUAUGAGAGCUGCCAAUGUACUCUGUGGUCAGCUGAAUUGUGGGAGUGCUGUGGCUGUGUUGGGGUCAGACUGGUUUGGGGAGGGGAGUGGCCAGAUCUGGGCUGAUGUGUUUGAUUGUCAGGGGAAUGAAACACACCUGUCAAAAUGUCCCAUUUCAUCAUGGAGUCGCACUGCAUGCUCUCAUAAACAGGAUGCUGGAGUCAUCUGCAGUGGUUCAUCCCUGGCGGUUCAUGAGGGGCAAGUGCGGUUGUCUGGAGGGAUGGAGUGUGAGGGAGAGGUGGAGGUGUACUUCAGGCAGGGCUGGAGGAGAGUUCUGCUGGACUCGUGGAGUGAGUCUGAGGCCUCUGUGGUCUGCAGACAGCUGGGCUGUGGCUCUGUGUUCAGCUUCUCCAGGUCCUCUACAUCCAGUCCUGAACACAGCCAUGUGUGUGUGAUGGGUUUCAAUUGUUUUGGGAGUGAAGCCCAUUUGGGGAACUGCAGACGUGCACAAUUUGUCCCAUGCAGAUUACGGGAACAACUGUCAGUCACUUGCAUGAGAAACAGCUCCAUCAGGCUGGUUGGUUCUGGGGGAGACUGUGCAGGAAGGCUGGAGGUUUUCCACAGAGGUUCAUGGGGGACAGUGAAUAAUAACUUGUGGGAUAUUAAGGAUGCUCAGGUGGUGUGCAGAGAGCUGCAGUGUGGAGUGGCUCUCAGUUCUCCGGUACCAGCCCAGUUUACACCUGGAACUGGACGUAUAUGGCUGAAUGAGGUGGAGUGUGAGGGAAACGAGACGUCCCUACAGAACUGCAGAUUUCAGCUGUGUGGAGAGAAUGAAUGUGGACACAAAGAUGAUGUAGGAGUUGUGUGCUCAGAGUAUAAAGAGAUCAGACUCACUGAUGGCUGUGAGGGGAAUCUUGAGGUGUUUUAUAAUGGAUCCUGGGGUAACAUCUGUGUGAAGAGCAUUGACAAAGAAACUGCAAGUUUAGUUUGUCAAGAGCUGAACUGUGGACGAUCUGGCAGCAAAUCCCGGGCCAAAGUAAGAGUUGAAUCAGCUUCUUACUGGCUGGAUGAUCUGAAAUGUAGGAAACAUGACUCCACUCUUUGGCAUUGUCCAUCUUCACCCUGGGGACAGAAAAAGUGUGAUAAUCAAAAUGAGGUGGCCCGAAUUGCCUGCUCAGGAGACGAAAAUCAUCUCUCACUACAUAACCGUGUAAACUGCUCCUUAUAUCCAAACUGGAGACAGUGCUCAAAUCACCUGCCUCUCAGGCUGAGGGGAGGAAAUGGAAGCUGCUCUGGGAGGCUGGAGGUGUAUCAUAAUGCUGAGUGGGGCUCCGUCUGUGAUGAUAUGUGGGACAUCAGGGAUGCUCAGGUGGUCUGCAGGCAGCUGGGCUGUGGGCCGCCGCUGAGUGCUGAUGGGAGUGCUGUCUUUGGUGCUGGUGAAGGGCCUAUCUGGCUGAACAGAGUGAAGUGUAGAGGGAAUGAGAUUCACCUGUGGGACUGUCCUCAUUCCCUGAAGAACCACAUUGACUGUUCCCACAAGCAGGACGCUGGAGUCACCUGUACAGACAUAUCAGUGUCCCCUACAGCCCCUUCAUCGACAAUAACUGCCAUUUCCAUUGCAGUUGGGCAGACAGAAAAGAAAACAGCAUCUCUCCCACAAACACCAUUACCAGCUAUUCUGUCUAUUUCGCCACUGGCUUUACUGGUGCUGGGAACUAUGCUGUUCUUGGCCUUGGUGCUUCUGGUUGUGCUGUUUUACCAAAACAGAGUGCUCUGGAGAGUGCUCUCUAAGAAUGGCCAAAUGGUACUAUAUGAAGGCCUGAGGAAGAGGACUGAUGUAGUGUAUGAGGAGAUCAACCGUAGACCUGUUAUUACAACAACGACUCAAAGAGGAAGCUUCGUCUCUGAAGUACAGAAUUCAGGAUAUGAAGAUGUGGAUGAGGGGCUUCUCUCAGAGAACAAGGUGGAGAUCUAUGAUGAUGCCAUGCCUAAUGGAGAGAAUUCACACCUUACAGCAGUGUAUACACCAGAAAACUAUGAUGAUGUCAUCAGUCCUGGACAGGAUUUAGGAGAAGCAGCAAACUACGAUGAUGUGGUAGAGCUUCCUGAGGCAGAGGGAUAGACCAUUUGACAGAGACCCAAACAAAGCAUCUGCUGAAAUUACUAAAUCACGUUAAAACCUUUUGAAAGUCAACCAAAGAUUAAACAUUAC